AAUACAUCGCAAGAUAUCAAGAAAACACAGAAAGGCUUAAAAUAAACAGCUGUGAAACUUUGUGCACUUUAUCAGUGGUGCAUGCUUGCAGGAAAAGAGGUCUGAACUGAUAAGCAUGCCCAGGUGUGAAAAGGCAUAAAAAAAGCAGUGAGUCAGCCAUGACAACAUGAGGAUAUGUUCUUUGAGCCUGACAGUUAUCUUGGUUACUCCAUGGCAAUUGCUAAAACCCAAAGUGGCUCUCUGACAGUUGUUGGUGCUCCAAGAUACAAACACAGAGGAGUUGUGGUCGCUGUUAACAGAGAAAGUUUGAAAAACCAAAUGAUUGAACCCUUUUCAUCACAGUAUCAGACUGGUGAAUAUUUCGGGGCAGAGGUGUGUGCCAUGGACAUAAAUAAUGAUGACAUCACUGAUCUAAUCUUCAUAUCUGCCCCAAUGCACAUGGAGCCUGAUGGAGAGGGAAGAGUUUAUGUUUGCAGACUAACUGUUUUGUUUGUCGAGUGUAAUUUUGAUGACCCAGUAUUGCUAAGAGGAAGUGCAGCUGUCAAAGGAAGGUUCGGCUCUUCUCUUGCUGUGCUGCCUGAUCUAAACUCAGAUGGAUUCAGGGAUUUGGCAGUUGGAGCACCUUUGGAGAAUGAUGGUGAAGGCAGCAUCUACAUAUUCAACAGUGAAGGAGGAAGAAUCAGUCUUACUUACUCACAGAGAAUUACUGGCUCUGAGGUUCAGUCAGGACUGAAGUUCUUUGGCCUAUCAAUCAGUCAGUUGUCUUUUGACCAGAGUGGUGAUACCCUGCCUGACUUAGCGGUGGGGUCAAAGGGUGGGGUUGUCUUACUGAGAUCAAGACCCAUAGUGAUGGUGAAAGCUGAGGUGUCAUUCAGCCCAGACCAAAUUCCAACUCAGAAUGUAAGCUGCUCAAAACCACUGGAGAACACAGCUACAAUCUGCUUUACCAUGAGCAGAGUGUCUACAGUCAAUACAGCUCAAGCAAGGAUUAAUUAUACUUUAACACUGGAUGCCACUCGCAAAUCUCCAAAUAACCGAGCUUACAUCAGCGGGAAAGAACGAGAGCAGUCUGGAUCAGUAACUGUUGACUUAACUAGCAAACAGUGUCCAACUGUAAAAUUCCUUAUUGAGGCCUGUCCAGAAGAUGCUCUCCUUGCACUUUCCAAUGAGCUCAAAUUCACGUUUGACGGUUUACUCUCAAACACAACUCUCAGACCAAGUCUCGCCCCACAGGCUCAAACAACAAUCAUUUAUCCUUUAGGGUUUGAGAUCAACUGUGGCACUGACAACCAAUGUAUUGAUAACCUGAAAGUGGAUUUCAACUUCACCAGCCCCACUGAGGAAUACUUUUCAGCCUGGAGGUGGAAGGUGUGCAGUCAUCAGCCACAUGACCAAAUGCCCCUCCUGGAUUCAAUUGAUGCUGGCUGCAGAGACAUUUCGGCUUAAGACCACUGAGGGUGGAUAAGAUAUGGCAGCAUUUCUGUCCCAGGUGCAUGGCAAGGGACAAUAUUGCCGUGCACUCCUUCUUCAGCUUGAUGCCUCUCUUCACCUCUGGUGUCCAUCAGGGAUGGGGAUUACCACCACAACAGGCACCAAUCACCUUGCAGCCACAGCUCUAAGCAACAGUCUCAACAAUGGAGGCACCAUCACAGCAGGCACAGUCGGCUGAUUAGUCAUCUACCAGCCAGACAAGGUUCAGAAAUGAUUUAUUUUAGAAGGCCAAAAUAAUGCUGAAUACUAUGUUUGUUUGUUAGUUUUUUUAUCUUAAACUGGAGAACACAUGAAUUAGCAGUGACAACAUGUGUAAAUAAAAUUGCUUCACUUUUGCUGAUGUGCACAUUAGGUACUUCCACAGAAGAUCUACACCUUCCCUUUUUCAAGAUUAUGCAGAAUCAGACAACCGUGAAGUAUAUUUACUCUAGGACUGUUUGACCAACUCAUAAUACUGCCUGACACUUACAGAAUUGACACAUUAUCACAUUUUCUAAGUCGCAGAUGGUGUGAAACAGUUCAGUGUCAGUCAGGCAAAAAAAAGAAAUUGACCUUUUUAAAUUUUAGAUUUCUUUUUCAAGAACAGGCUUGUCUAAGUCAUACU